GACAACAACCCGCAUCAUCCAAAUGGAGUCCAAUAAUACCCAGUCCUUGCCCAACAGUGCGCCUGUAGGUGCUACGGGCGCAGUGCUCAAGGCCUCCGACCCUGUGCCGGAGAGCGCGGUACCUGUCAAAGGACUGGAUUUUGAUGCAUUCGCAGAUCGCAAUGUCACGGUCGCCGAGCUGGUCGAAAAUCUGGCAAAUGUGGGGUUCCAAGCUACGUCGAUCGGACAAGCCGUCGAUAUAGUCAAUGGCAUGCGUACCUGGCGUGAUGCAGAGACUGGUGAGAGGACGACUAUCUUCCUUGGUUACACUUCGAACCUGAUCUCAUCUGGUCUGCGCGAGACUCUCCGAUGGCUUGUACAGCACAAACAUGUCUCCGCCAUUGUGACCACGGCUGGCGGCGUGGAGGAGGAUUUCAUCAAAUGUCUGGGAAACACCUAUCUGGGCUCAUUCGAUCAACCUGGAGCAGCCCUUCGAGCCAAGGGCAUGAAUCGAAUCGGAAACUUGUUAGUGCCCAACGAUAAUUAUUGCCACUUUGAAGAUUGGGUGAUGCCGAUUCUCAACAAGAUGCUCGAAGAACAAGAGGACUCCAAGUUAUCCGAAGAGCCAACACAUUGGACGCCAAGCAAAGUCAUUGCCCGCCUGGGUAAAGAGAUCAACGAUGAGCGAUCGGUGUACUACUGGGCAUACAAAAACGACAUCCCCGUAUUCUGCCCAGCGCUUACUGACGGAAGUCUCGGUGACAUGCUCUACUUUCAUACCUUCAAGUCCUCUCCGCAACACUUACGCAUCGACAUUGUGGAAGACAUCAGAAAGAUAAACACAAUCGCAGUGCGUGCGAAACGUACGGGCAUGAUCAUCCUCGGGGGCGGCGUUGUGAAGCAUCACAUCGCUAAUGCAAAUUUGAUGCGCAACGGCGCUGAAAGCGCUGUGUACAUCAACACUGGCCAGGAGUUCGACGGGAGUGAUGCUGGUGCCAGGCCAGACGAAGCCAUUAGUUGGGGCAAGAUCAAAGCUGACGCUGCGAGCGUGAAGGUAUAUGCGGAGGCUACAAUUGUUUUCCCUCUCAUCGUCGCUGCAACUUUUGCCAAGGUUGAUGAUGCUUGAGGUUGCGCGCAGUGAGCGCCCAACCUCGAGUUGCAUUGCCAACGCGGACUUGCGUAAGGCACCUACCUCCGUACCUACAGUACUGUCUACCUAGAAGGGAUGAUUUGAGCUCAGUGCGCUCACCAGGCCGACGUGCAUGAGCACAAGCUGCAGGGUUGACGUGGUCAUCCAAUUCUUCACAUUUCACACGGGAUACCAAGCAAGCUACUGCGUCAGGAGGUUCGUCGUGUCUUCUCUCAUGGAAGGAACAUACUCGAAAUCAAUUCUAGGUUGACACGGACACGGACCCUGUGCCGCGAGGCGAGGCCCCACCCCACAUCAUACCUGCCCUUAGUACCUACCUCCUAGCGCGCUUCUGCCUUCCGGUUAGCUACCACCAUGUCGCCUGCCUGCCGUGCAAGUGAAGCCGGCAACGACAAGAGGUAUUCACAUACAGCAGACAGACAGGCAGACAGACAGACAGACAGAUAACCAGGACGACAUCCUCUUACCCAUCACUUGUUGCACCCUCGUACUCGUACUCAUCACUCCACACAUUAAUCACAGGUCGAUCCCGCAGUCGGAAGACAGCUAACAGCUCGCAUGCGCGAGCACAACAGAAAGCUACUAUUGUCACGACUUGGCCAUUGUCGACGCCUCCAGCCACCACCGAAACAACCAGUCAUACUUUUCAUCCACCAACCAGGCCACCAACUCGCUUUCAUCCACUUCCGCCCUUCGUCGCUGACAACCAUACCCAUCACUCGUCAGCUCUCCAGUACGGACACUGCUUGAUCACCUGAACCACACCACACCACACUCCUGCCCUACCUUCUCGAUGGACCUGCCUGUGCCACGUACUGGCGGCAGUCCGCUGCGCGACCGGCGCUCCACACCUCCUCUACCGUACCUCCGGACGGCUAUGCCUAUUGACAUCCAGGGCUUCCCGCCUGAAGUUGCAACGCCAGGCUCGCCCGCUCUGAAUCAGGUCGGCAUGCCCACAGAGCAACCUGCACCCUGGAACCCGAGGGACGAGGACACUCCGUAUCCCCAUCCUGAUCCCGGAAUCGACUUCACAGACCAGUCUGAUAGCGAGAACGACGAGCGUGACCACGAUGCCGGCGACGACGCUGCUAGUGACACUUCCGCUGGUAGAAGUUGGCAGCCGCUCGAGCAAGACCCUGUCGAGAACAAGGAGCCAUGUCAAGAUGAGCUGCUGUACAUCGAAGCAAGAGAAGAGCAUAGCGCGUUGGACGAGUCAUACUGGCAUGGGACCACAUUCAUCGACGUCGAAGACCCCGAAAUCACUGUGAUUGAGACCGGUGUCAUCGACUGGACAAUACCGUCCUUUCAUGGCACAGCCGAAAAGCCGGUCUCUGUCGAUGUCAUGCGCUCUGAGGUCGUACACAUUGGCGGAUACGGCUGGCAGAUCAAGUUCUACCCUCGGGGGCGUCGAUCGGAGUACCCAAGUGUCUACUUGGAGAAUGUGACUAUGCAGUCGCCAGACUUUGAAGAGACCGAGGAUUUUGAGCAGCCGCCGUUGCCGUUUCUCGAGUGCCAGCCUAAGAUCAAGAAGCGUCGCUCUGUUGCCGCUCAAUUAUCUGUGGUUCUCUACAAUCCUUCCGAGCCUCGUGUGUACAAUCAUCGCACCGAAGCGCAUCAGUUCCACAAGAAGUCACCCGACCUUGGCUGGAAAUAUUUCACAAGAUACCCAAGAUCGCAGAUUGCUCUCCGUCAACAUGGGAUGCGCAAGGCUCUCUUGACCGACGACAAACUGGCCUUCCGCGCCUACAUUCGCGUCAUGAACGAUCCCACGGGAUGCUUAUGGGACAGCAGCCAAAAGACUGCCGAUGAAAUGACUCAAAUCACUGGCUUGCGGCCAUUCACCAAAUCAUUGCCGUACGUCGCGGCUGCCUUACCACUACUGCACUUUUCACCGUUUCGCGAGUUCAUCAAGGAUCUGCGACUGCCCGGGCAAUUCGGUGAUUAUUUUCAGAACUUGCUCUUCAAAAUGUUCACUCGCAGACGAUCAGCUCACUUCGGGCGCACUGGCACAGCAGUAGAAGCUGACGCAAUGGAGGCUCUGUACCGCUUGAGGGCAGUUUUGAUGCACGAAAGUGGCCAGGAUGCGGAGAUAGCACGCAAGUUUAAUGACCUUGUUGGCGAUUUCCACCCUGAGCGCAACUAUGCUUGUGGCUUCAACCGGCUGGACACAAAGAACCAUCCAUCUAUUCAGUCAGCUGUGAAUAAGCACACGACCUUGCUGAACACGCCGCAACUGCUUACACUUGAACUCACCAGACAAGAACAUGACAAAGUGCAGCGCAAGUGGCAAAAGAUCACGAAUCGUGUCGAAGUUCCUGAUCAUCUGGAGGUGUCAGGACAGCAUUACACAUUCUUUGCCUUCAUCACGCACUGCGGACACCUUCAAUCAGCCAGGUACAAUGCAUACGUGCGGCCUCACGGCAUCGGACAAGGCUGGUACGCCUAUCACGACGGGCGUGUCACGAGAAUGACGGAGAAACAGGCCCGUGAGAAGCAUUCUGGAAUUGCACCGCCAGGCGAACAGAAUGCACUACACGAUGAUGGGUAUGAUUCGCCAUACGACGAGUUCCACAGUCCCCAUGGUGAGGUUACUUGCGCAGUGAUGUACUGCCGCAACAAUGUACACUUGCAGCCACCUGGGGUGCAAGUGGAGAGUUGGCUCCCAGAAGACCUACGGAAGGAGUAUGAGCGAGUAAUGGCGGAUCCCCCUAAUUCUGCGGCGCACGAGUGGGUUCCAGGAAAGUAUGGAGAUUUUAGCAAUGGGCAUCACGGUGACGCUGCAAUGGCGCUGGAGAAUGGCCCAGAAGCUGCACGCCUUGCCGAUAUGAGUGCUCGCAUCAAUGCGGCGGCGGGAGCUGCUACCCCUGAGCCGCCUCAGACGGUGGAUGGUGAUGGUGAUAUAGUAAUGCAGAAUGCUGAUGCUUCAUCGGAAUAUGAGGUGGCGGAUGAGAGCAAGGUCAACGGCAGGGGCAUACGAGAUUGGCUUGGUCGACCAUUCUACGAAGGCGAGUGGAAUGACUCGGAGUACCAUGGUAAUGGACAUUUGAUCGAGACGAAUGGCGACGAAUACACUGGUGAAUUUCGCGACGGCCGCCGGCAUGGCUGGGGCAAGGUCAUACAAUCGUCGACAGGCGAUGUCUACGAGGGCACGUGGGAAGAUUCCAAGAUGCACGGCAAAGGCAAGUUGAUCGAAAAGUCGACUGGUAACGUGUUUGAGGGAAACUUCCGAGAAGGGAAAAAGCAUGGGGACUUUGUCCUUCGGGGCACGGUCACUGAUGAGGACAAGAGCACCUGCCAGAUCUGCUACGACAACCCCAUCACCACUGCAUUUUACGAUUGCGGUCAUGUGCUGGCUUGCAGCGAGUGUGCCGCACAAGUGAACAGUUGUCCGAUGUGCCGCAAGCGAGUGGUGGCCAGAUUGCAGCUAUUUGGUGUCAGAGUCACAACUUCGUAGAGCUGAAGGAGGCCUCCCUCACCACAAGGCCUACGGUGAGGAUGGAGAUGACGUCGGACGUCCAUCCAGUGUGUCUCGGCUCAGACAGGAUGAACAGAAGAGGUCGUGGAAGUCAUGGCACGUGCAUGCAUGUUAGCUACUGGACCAGAAGACGAUUAGCGACGGCGUUUUGUUUCCUUUGUCUCUCUUUCUCUCUCUGUAGACGACACGAUACCCAUCCAGGUAGCAUUAUUGAACGAAGAAUGAUGAAAAUAUGUGCAUUACCAC